CAUCGUCGGUUUUGUUACCAACGGAGAAACCGAAACCGAAACACAGUGAGAAGUGAGAACUGCGAUGAGCCAAGACCUGAAGCGAGACUACGUCGUUUAUGAAGAGAUAGGCCGGGGCAGAUUCGGCACCGUCUUCCGCUGCUCCUCGGCGGACUCCGGAGACUCCUACGCCGUGAAAUCCAUCGACAAGGCGGCGAUAACCGCGGCGGGAGACCCCCUGGACGCCCAAUGCCUCUUGACGGAGGCAAAGAUCGUUGAGCUCCUCUCCCCUCACCCUCACAUCGUGAGCCUCCACGCGCUCUACGAGGACGAGACGCACCUCCACAUGGUUCUCGACCUCUGCUACGAAUCGGAGUUUCACCACAGCGUGAUGCCCGAGGCCGCAGCCGCUUCGGUGAUGUGGCAGCUCAUGCAAGCCGUGGCGCACUGCCACCGCCUCGGCGUGGCGCACCGGGAUAUAAAGCCGGAUAACAUUCUCUUCGACGAGGACAGUCGGCUUAAGUUAGCCGACCUCGGCUCGGCUGAGCUUUUCAGCGAGGGCCAGCCGAUGAGCGGCGUGGUGGGGACGCCGCAUUACGUGGCGCCGGAGGUCCUCGCCGGGAGGGACUACAACGAGAAGGUGGACGUGUGGAGCGCCGGCGUCGUUUUCUAUCAGUUGUUGGUAGGUUUUGCGCCGUUUCGCGGCGAUUCCCCGGUGGAGAUUUUCGAGGCCGUUGUUAGAGGCAAUUUGAGGUUUCCGACGCGAGUUUUUUCCGCAGUCUCAGCCGCAGCUAAGGAUCUGCUUCGUAGAAUGCUGUGUCGAGACGUUUCUAGAAGGUUCUCUGCGGAACAAGUCCUGAGGCACCCGUGGUUUAGCAUUUGUGAACAGAACAUGCGAACAGAGUGAGUGUAUACUGCACACCGCACCCCUAGAGAUGAUUUUUAUGUUCUCUGAUAAAAGAUUGAAGAAACCUCUUUUUUAUCCCUUGCCUUCGGGAUUCACCAGAGUAUAGAGUACAGAGAAACCCAACUUGGGCUUCUGCUUUUCUUAGUUUUUUCUUCUUCUUUGAUGUAUGUUUUGAAAUAAUUUGGCGUUUGGUAACUCUAGUGAGAAGAGAAUGUUUUGUGUAUAAUUUGAGUAUUUUCUUUUUCAAGAAUAAAUAAUAGUAUAAUUCUAUAUUGGAAGUUGUUGGUUUGCUGCAAUAGCAGUGACGCA